GAAGGUGACAGUCUGGUUCACACAGUUUAGAGAUUUUGUACCCAACCGUUUUAAUUUCAACAAUAACAAAUUUCCCAAAUUUCUAACCCAUCGAUAUUCACAGAAUACCGCUAAAAGUUUUAUUUGUUUGACCUACUCUGAAGAGGUUUUACAGACCAAAUUGGAAAUAAAAAUGGAGUAUCGAUCUAUUGGCCAACUUGGAGUUGAAGUACGUGGAAUUGAUCUCAAGAAAACAGUACCAGGCAAUAUUCUUGAGAAGAUUAAAAAGGAUAUACAUGAACACAAACUCCUGAUAUUUAAAGACCAAGGUGAAAUCCCCGCUGAACGCAUUCUGGAAAUCAGUCGAUGGUUCGGAGAACUGGAUUCCAAACAUAAGAAGCAUAAAAGAUCACCCCAUCCUGAUAUUCUUCGUGUUUCUAAUGAUAGCACGGAAGGAUGUGUGGGCAUUGGUCGAACCGGAUGGCAUAUUGAUGGUAGUUUUAUAGAAAAGCCAUUCAGGUUCUGUAUAUUCAAUAUGGUAUCCGUACCAAGAGAAGGCAGUACAGCCUUUAUUUCUCUGAAUGAUUUGAUAAAUCAACUAACACCCGAAAAGAGAGAACAGUGGAAUUCACUUCAUGGAAUAUUCAGACAAGAUGGUUAUGAAAAUAUUCAUCCAUUGAUCUAUCCACACCCUGUUACCUGUCAACCGACGAUGUGCUUCAAUUUAGGAAAUAUGGAAGAAUUUAUGUUUGAUUUUGGCGGGAAAGAUGAAAGGUUCCUUAAAAAUGAUGAAACUGAAGAUGCAUUGAAAGAUAUUGACAAAGAAAUAAAGCAAAGCAACGGUCUUAUUUAUAAGCACAAGUGGGAGGAAGGUGACCUGAUUAUCUGUGACAAUCUAGCUGUGGGACACGAGGCCACUCCGGAAACCCAGUAUCCAGUAUCACAAAUUGGGCUCCGUAUUUUACACAGAACGACGAUCAAGGGUGUCAAUACCCCUUCGAAAUAAAUUUAACAAACUAACGACGAUCAAGAGUGUCAAUACCCCUUUAAAAUAAAUUCAACCAACUCUUCAAAGCUUGUUUAUCUUGUCUAGCCACGAGCUCCAACCUUUUAUCUUGCUUUGUAUAUCAUAACCCCAUUGUGACACAGGCCUUUGAUAUUGUUGUUGCUAUGAAUGGUUUCAACCUUGCUAUUGUAAUUUUGACUAUAUGUUGCUUCAAAUUUUGUGAUAUUGUAUAAGCUUGAAAACGUUGAGAGAAUACUCUUCCAAACGUCGCCUAAAUAAAUCAGUAGCUGUUUUCCAUAAGUGUGUUUAUAGUUUAUUGAGCUCCAACUUGUUUACUAUGUAAGUGUAGAAUUACAUAGUCGAAGUUUUAUGCUUGGGUAACCUUAAGUGGAUUACCUAUUGUAAUUAUUAUUAAUAUUAGUGUUUGAAAGCCAGGUUUAUUUUAUAGCAUUUCCACAACUAAAUUUGUAUGUUUUCUGAUCUCUUGGUUUUGUAAUCAUUGUUAUUUUUAGUGCUUGAAAGUCGCGGUUUUUUUUAAUAGCAUUCGCAAAAAUAGAUUUGCAUGUUUCUGAUCGUUUAUGAGUUUUAUAACCUAAUUGUCGAGUUGUAACCUAAUUGUCAUGUUGUAACGUAGUUGUCGUGUUGUAACGUAAUUGUCGUGCUGUAACGCAAUUGUCGUAUUGUAACGUAAUUAUUGUGUUGUAACAUAAUUAUCGUCUUGUAACCUAAUAACUUAAUUGUCGUGUUGUAACGUAAUUGUUGUGUUGUAACCUAAUUGUGUUGUAACGUAAUUGUUGUGUUGUAACUUAAUUGUAAUUAGUAAAUCACAAGGCGCUUGUUCGUCUU